AUGGAGGAAACACAGCUGGACUGGAACUACUCCACAGACAUCCUCCAAGGAAUCAUGGUUGGACACGAAGAACAUGGUCUAUCCGACCCUAAGUCCUCAAAUCUUCCCUUCGAUGCGGCAAACCCGCUACAAGACCUGCAACUCGGAUCGUUUGUUCCAACACUUAACCACUCACUCCUAAGCCAAUGGGCUUCAGAUCCCCGAGGCCUAUAUAACUCCCAAUACACUCAUUCCUAUGUGACGGGCAACCAAGAUGCCUGGAAUCCGCUGCUAGCCACCGGUGUGCCGGACACUUCUCCCAUCUCGCAUAUGAACAUGCCUGCCCAGACGCCGGACCAGGACUGCCGAUUUUCGCAACAUCACUAUAGCGAGCCCUCCGAGAAUGGGAGUCAGUAUAUGGAUAGCUAUCACUCUGCUGAUUCAGGAUACGGUGGGACCAGCUGUGCAACGCAAUCAGUUGUGGCUUCUUCGUCCGGUGUGGAUUCCUCAAGCCCGCAGACCGACAUGGCAGAGAAUACGUCUACUCAGUCGGGGCCUUCGUUUGAUCCUCCCCAGUACGGCUCUGUGUCUGAGCUAUCCUACACAUUGGAGUUUAUGGGCUCGCCAUGCCAGUUUGAGGAUGUCUCAAUGCGAUGCGAGCAUCCAUCAUGCAACUGGGUUGGGAAAUGUCCUUCGGAUAAAAGGAAACACGAGGCUCGCCACAAAAAGCUCUUCAAAUGUGACGUGCCGAAUUGCCCACGGAAGGACGGGUUUGGCACCAUUAACGAUCUUGCCCGUCAUAAGAAAUGCGUUCACAAUAAAGAGCCCGAGCGUGGGCCCAAGAUGAUGUACUUGUGUUUCGGGGCAAACUGCCCGCGCCCGAACAAGAGGUGGCCGCGCCUCGAUAACUUCAAGCAACACCUGAACCGGAUGCAUCAUGAAGAGGAUGGAGAGGCGCUCUUGAAAAAGUCCAUGGAUUGGUAUGAAAUUUUCAUCCUCCGUCAACCAGAACAGCGCUUCGACGAGCGUAGCUCAAGAGAUGAGUCGAUAUUGGAGGUGGAAGAAGACGAGGCGUCCGCCCAGUCGACCACCGAUCUUGAGCAGGAACACGGUUCCAUGUCCUACGAGAGGCCUAAUAUCUUUAGAUUUGGCGCUGCCACGCCGAGACCUCCUCAGCAUAGUACGCCGCCGCUUGCAGACUCGACGUCUUCUCAAUUCCCCGCUUUUAGCUCCCUGGGGUUGCCAGCAACGAAUCAAGAUAUGUCCUGUGACCGCGGCAUCACAAGGCCCGAUGGAUCGGUAGCAGACGCAGCUAAUAACUUAAUCAAUGCCAUGACGAAGAUGAUGAACCACCGCGGGCGGGGAUCAAGUCAAACUAUUGACGAGGGAAUCGACCUCGAAAAUGACGCUGCUCAGCUCUCCCAGCCCCAGCGGCAAAUGCUGCAGAAGGUGCUUUCGGUGGCCUUGGAACGGUUAUCCAAUGACAACGAAGUUACCGCACAAGAUCCUGGUAGCAAAAAGCGGGGCUGGUUCCAAUGUGAUGCGUGCCCAAAGCAGACCCGGCUCCGUUGUGAAAUGAAAAAACACCAGAAGCGUCAUGAACGACCCUACGGCUGUACAUUCCCCCACUGUGCCAAAUCCUUUGGCAGCAAAGCCGACUGGAAGCGCCACGAGAGCUCCCAGCAUCUCGGUGUGCCAAGUUGGUUCUGCACAGAACACGAUAUGCAAACAGGCGCCUUGUGCGAGCGGCUUUUCUAUCGAGCCGACACAUAUACCCACCACCUGCACCAGCAUGGGAUUCAUGAAUAUCACGUCGCAGCUUUGGCUGGUAAUAACCGGCUGGACCUGGCUGGCCAGUCGCAUUUCUGGUGUGGGUUCUGUAAUCACAGAGUCCUAUUAAAAAAUCUUGGCCCCGAGGCCCUGGACGAGAGGUUCAAUCAUAUUGAUAUUGAGCAUUUCAAGAAAGGGGAAAGGGGUCAGGACUGGCGGUUUCCGUCUUCGUCGUUUGAAGGAGAUGCUAUGGAUCAGACCAAGGACGUUCCCGUACAGACGUUUAGUCACGGCCGAAAGGCUGCGAUGACUAGCGAUCUGAAACGCAAGUAUGCUGCGGUAUGA